UAUUCAAGGUUUUCUUUAGCAGUGAUACUUGAAAAUAAAGGAAAUACAGCCAGAGAUCAUUUAGCAAAUGAACGAACUUAUCUUGCAUGGUUCAGAACAUCCCUUUCGUUGAUCACUUUAGGGAUAGGCAUCAUACAAGUAUACCAUCUAUCGAAUGCAAACCAUACUCGAUUAGGCAGAGCACUGGGUUUGAUUUUUGUGAUGGCCAGUAUUGUGUUUCUUUAUUUUGGCAAUGUGCGUUAUUUUCAUGCACAAUGGGCAUUACAACAUGGCAAUUUCCCUGCUAGUCGAGGCAUUAUUACUUGGGCAUCU